UCUUUGUGCUUUAGUAAUACAGAAAAUAUAAGCCUGGCCCACUCCUACAUAGACCUGAAAUGCUCUAGUGCCUUAAAUAACCCAUGAGAACCAAGGAGAGUGAAAAUGCACCCAUUCCUGCCCUGUGCCUGCAUGGAUUUCUAGUUGUAAGAACACGACAAUUGCAUAGAUUAAGUAGCCCAGAUUUAUGUAUCUGGUUUAGGUAAACUCAAAACUCGACAGUCGGUCGCACUGUGUUUAUGUGGAUAUCUGUAUGGGUAUGGAAAAGGUGGGGUGGACCAGUUGAGGCAUUUCUGGGGUAGUUUAAGCGUUUGUUGACAGCGUGACCGAAAUAGCCAUGGAAAUGUUGGCUACUCAGACUGUACCGACUUACAACGGUUCCACGGUGGAUGCCCAGUUACUGAUGUUCAGUUACUCCACCGAGCUUACUAUCCAUGACAAUCAGAGUUUGAGCAGUGACACCGAGUAUGUCGAGUCCCUCGUAGCUCGGAGGCUGUUUCAGAUUAUUUCACCCAUCUUGCUUUUGUUAGGACUCGUAGGUAACGUGCUGGUAAUCUUGGUUCUAGGCUGUAAAAGGCCACGCCAAUCUACAACCCUGUUUUACAUCAGUGUUUUGGCUAUCACAGAUUUGUUUGUCAUGUACACAGGCCUGCUACGCUAUUGGAUUCGAUCCGUGUCAGAUAUGGAUAUUCGGGAUAUCUCUCACUGGGGAUGUAAGAUACAUUUGUUUGUCCUGUAUCUUUCUAUGGAUUUCUCUUCCUGGAUUUUAGUGUGUGUUUCUGUGGAGAGGUUUGUUGGAGUGUAUUUUCCGCUGAAAUCGCGGGAAUGGUGUACGAUAGGGAGAGCUCGCACCACCCUGCUAAUUGUUUUUGUGUGCCUAGUCGGUAUAAAUGCCCACUUCUUCUGGACCAACGGCAUCAACAAUGACGGUGAGUGUGGUUCAUUGACAGAGGCCUACCUCUUCUUUGAUGAGUAUAUAUUCGUAUGGAUCGACUUCACCGUCAUGUCUAUUAUUCCAUUUCUCGCCAUGCUUAUCUGCAACUGUUUCAUCAUCCGCUCGCUGCUCAAACUGAAGAAGCGCCACAAGGACAUGAGCGCUGGUCUGAAAUUCCCCAACGAAUCGCCCAUCCAUGUCAGCUCCACCACCAAAAUGUUGUUAGUUGUGAGUUUUGUUUUUCUGGUCACCACUUUGCCUAUGAGCGUCUACCUUAUCACAGACAGCUUCUAUCAGGAGAACAAGUCGGACAAAGUUAGCGCUCAGCUGGAUCUGGCGCGAGCCAUCUGCUGCCUCAUCCAGUACAUCAACUACGCGGCCAACUUUUACCUGUACUGUCUCAGAGCCAAGCAAUUCCGCCAGGCCCUGAAGAAUCUCGUCCGUCAUCGCUCAGAAAGGUACGUGUGUGAUAUGGUUCUAUCAGAGGGACACGCCCAACUUAUGCCUAGGGAUGCCCUGGUCCCUCCUGAUGCAGUAGCCGCCAUCCACCGACGAGGUACUCCAUCAAACGUGUUGAACAGAGUGAUUCGAGCAGCUUAAAGGCGACCAUGAAUACCAAACAGAUGUUACCACUGGUGGAAACAAUAAUGUCCGUAGAUAUGAGAUCCAGUUUCUCCAACCAAGUGGAAAUAACGUCUCUGAAGUGAAAAUGAGAUACGAGCCAGCUGUAAUAGCCCUUGCCGUCAUGCUAAUCCGGUUGUCUCUUCUGAUCUUCUAGCCGGGUUGAGAUUCCAUGCUGCCUCAAGAUUCAUGGACUAUUACUCACCGUCAGGCUCCCUACAUCAGAUCUGGUGAAUCAACAAGGUGGAAACCGGUCACUUAACUUUGCCUGUGUUACUUCAUUGAAACGGUGUGAAUCAUUUAGUGCUAUGUAAAAGUGUUUAUCUCUUUGCUAAACCAUUGUCAGGAACAUAUCUAAACUGAAGAGCAAAACUAAAGUGCCAUUAAAGUGAUUUCACCGUAUUGUGUAUCUGAACCCCUUGUAAACCCAGUCUAUAUUUGUUUAAAUGAAUAUGGUUUGGUAUGUAAGAAUUUUAGGCACUGGUGCGCAGUUCCAUCAAGGGUAUUUCCUGUUGUACGACAAUGGUUGCUUUUUAAUCCAGGUUUCUUAUAGACUUUGUAUUUAUGACUUUUUGGCAUCUCCACGCUUGACAUGGCACUUGUCACGACACUUGUCACGAAAUGUCUAAAACAGUCUGUUAAAUGUUUUGUAUUCUUUCUUCACUGACCAUUAAAAUUUCCUGGAGAUCAGCAAAGGCGUUACUGCGGAAGGUCCCCGGGUUUCUCCCUGGAGGUCAACAGAGGCGCAAAUGCGAAGGUCCCUGGGUUCCUUACCGAGGAAUAGUGUCAAUAGAGGCGUUACUGUGUGAGGUUCCCAUGUUCCUUCCCGGAAGUCAGCAUAGGCGCCACUGCGAUGGGUCCCCAGUUUCCUCCACGGAGGUCGCCAGAGGCGCCACUGCAGAAGGCCCUCGGGUGUAGCCAAACACUGAUCUUAGAACUGAAUAGUAAAUGAUGAAUGACCAUCUUGUCUGUGCUGCCAGCGUAGAGCCUUUCCAGAAACCUGGAGACGGUGACAAACUGUCUGUAUAAUGACAGAUCGGGCUGCUGUGCAUAUUCUGCCGACGAUGUCUGAAGAAUAAGUCUAGACUCUUCGUAUUAUGGACACAACAUAAUCUUAGCACGAAUUUUAUGAUUAGGUACAUGGUUCAUAAAAUAACUGAUGUUAGUGUUAAAAAAAGGCUGUGCUCACGUACAUCAUAAUUAUAAAAAGUGCUGGAUUAGCGCUUUCUCUUAAAUUACUAAUCUUUAAUUAAAAUAUGUCCUUCACGAUCUCACGCUACUCGCUAACAUCAUAUUCAGAGUUCGACAUAAGUGAUGGCCAGAUAUGUAUUUUUGAUAAGACAUUAUUCACAAUCAUAUUCAAUGAUAACUCUGUAUUAAAUCACCGAAACCCAUCAUAAUAAAAUACCCAGUCACGAGAAGUCAAUCACAUUUUAUUUCAUAAAUAAUAAUAUAUUUUCUGUCAUACAUAAAAGAAACUUCCGCAAAUAAUUAUCCCAAGUGAUACUGUAUCCAAAGAAUGGAGAAAUGUUGCCAAUUGUUUGGAUAAGACAGAAGAAUAUAGUCAAACGUAUGACAUAUUGUAUAAAGGUAAUUCAUUAAAUAAAGGUUAUUUAAGGUUAUUUCAUUCGUAGCAUUGCACAAUACAGGAUGCCUUGUAUAUAAUCUAAAUGUUUGAUGUGCUGACCUUUUAAUAUUUUAUUAUGGCUUUGAUUUCUGUUUCCCCUACCGCUUCGGUGGGCUAAUGAUUAGGGCGUCGGCCUUGAAGUGGUGAGACCCGGGAUAAAACCCCCGUCGGGUCAUAUUAAAGACUUUAAAAAAGGUAUUUGUUGCUGUCUAACUUGACGUUCAGCGCUGAGAGGUUAGAGCAAGGAAACAUGACUGGUCUGACUGGUGUCAGUAUAACGUGACUGGGUGGGGUGUCAUGUCUGGUGUCUUCGGCAUGAUACUUCAGUGGCGACAGAACUUAGGUGAAAUGGACUCGCCCUGCCACAAGAAGACACAGUAUAUAUACACACACCUAAUGACUCCUCGUCCUCAUAGACUGAAAAUCUGUGUAGUUUAUAAUAUUGCAAGCUAAAAGUAAGGCCAAAGUAAUGACCAGAUGUUUACAUAGAUACUCCAAGUUAUUAUUGCAAAGUUUUAAAGCAAUGGACAUCUGCUGUCUUGACACUGCCGUUUUUGCUUUUGGGCUAAAGUAACCUUUCACUGUGUUAAUGAUGCUCACGUUCGUCAUCUGUCAACAUUUCUGCCUCUAACGCUCUGAUGGCAAACAGUCAGUAACAGAUAACGGUAAAUAAUACAGGCUGUAAUUUCCUGCCACCAACAGACACGUAACCUCUUAGUCACAUUGUCAGUUUUUUCUCUGCAGCCAAUGGAUUCGUGUGACACAUAUCUGUAUUGUGCUUUAAGGAACAGUUGCAAUCACCACCCGGAUGAAACACAUUUCAUAUCUGUGAUGCACUUAAAUAUCAGACAUAAAACAUUGCCUACAAUAUGAUAUGACUCCAUGCCUAGAAUAUUGUCCAUCUGUGAGACCAAAAUCGAGGGACGAUUAGGUCUUUAAUGACAUGCACAGUUCAAUGUAGUGUAUUUCACUUGUAUGGAUUAGAUUCAGCGUUGCUUUCUAAUAUGUUUUGUUUUCUGACGCCCUAACCAGGUUUAGGGAGUGUGGUAGACGACCAUUUCAACUGACGAUUGAACUGCUUUAGCCCUCAGUGUUCCACACUCGUCUGAACUAUGGAACAAACCUUUACACAAUUAUUCGACUGCAGAUGUGUACAAUACGAAACGCCUCAUCAUUGAUCCAAUCGAUAAUUUGAGAACAAGGAUUUGAGAUGAUCGAAUGUAUUUUCAUUCUGUAUAUUACAGUUCUGCUUGACUGCUUGACACACGUUCCAAAGCAUUUCAUCGCAGAGACACGUGAACUGUUAGCAUUGCCAAUUAGGCAUGGACAAUUCCUUCUUUUAUGAAAAUCUGGUGUGGUGAAUUCAUAUUUGCUGUGGCCUCCGUAACUGUGCUUUUGUGAUGAUAGUGAAUAAAGUGUAUUUAACAAGAGCCAAUUCUUCUCGGUCUUUACGACAUAAGAAUGGCAUUGUCAGUAGGUGGCAGGAACAAAAUGAUAUGUGUGGCUGAUUAGACAUGUAACUAAAUAACAAGCCCUUUCAUGUUAUGUUGCGAAGGGCAUAAUGAAAUAUUCAAUAUGAACAGGUGUUUCCAGAGAAUUUGAAAUUCAGAGACAUAACCAAAUUCUAUGUGAAUACAUGUUGUUGUUAUUAUUGUUGAUUCGUUAUUUAUGAUUUACUUCUUUCUCGCGUUGAAUACGGAAACUAAUGUUUUCCAAAGUAGUUAAAAUCCUUGCUGUGCGAACUGAUGAUAGCUUUCUCUUCUAAGAAUUACUAUCUUUAUUCACCUUGGUUUUGUCAGGUCAGUCACAAAAUGGAUGAUACUGUUAACUGCUGAUGGGGUUUAUUGCACAUUUGUGAUCAUUUAUCUCUAAGUUUAUUUAAUAGGUGAUCUCACGACUUAUCCAGACACACAGCUUUUAUAAAUGUAUAGCUUCAAUAGUGAUUUCUUAAAUGUAAUCAUAAUAUGACCAUUUUACAACAUUGUGAAAUUCAAAAUCAAGCCACAUUGUAAAGCGGUAGUCAGAAUUUAUGAGCAAUAAUGAUAACCAUAUUCAUUUGCUGUUUUUAGGAGCGGGGUCGGGUGGGGAUGGGAGGUGGGGGGUCGUGUUAUGUGUACACGUGCGUUAAACAACACUAUUCAACAUUUCCCACCGGAACAAGACUCAUAAUUUCAGUAAGGUUGUAAAUGUAAGUUGUUGUUUCUUGUUUACUUGUUGAGGUCAUCUUUUUGCUGUUGUUGUUAUUUUCUUGGCGUGAGUAUUAUGGAUAAAUUGGCAGAAUGUCAGAUGGUGAAUUCUCAUGAAACGUUCUAAUCAACAAUGUUUAAUGGUACUCAUAAAUGUGAGCUACGGUGCUAAUUCCGUCAGAACAGGAUUUCGGUCAAUAUCUUUGACCACAGUUUUGAGGCCUUCAUGUGAUAUACUCUCUAAAGAAAAACCCUUUGAUGUCUGAAUGUUUUAUGUUCAGUAUUACAACACUCAGCUUCAGAUACUCUCUAGAUCUGACAGCUACAGGAGGGUAUUUAUCAGAUAUGACAAUCUAUUUUCCACGUUCUCCUGUUAUUACCUAUAUAAUAUAAAUCUCUAUUUUCGUACAUGUGCAUCGUACAGUUCUGGUUAAUUGUUGUAAUAC